UGAAACUGGACACAUUACAGUGUUACGGUGACACCGGGGAAGGGGUGGGGGGGUUGCACUUCAAAAGAGCGACACAAACUUCUUCCACGGCCGCACUCAUGUGAUAUUUUUACCCCCCUUGUAUUUUUUGUUUUGGAGCCAUGUCCAAGAGCCUGAAGAAGAGGAAGAACCACUGGACUAACAAAGUCCAUGAGAGUGUCCUUUGCAGGAAUGAGGAGGGGGAGCUGGGGCUGGAGUUGAAGGGCGGCGCAGAGAAUGGACUGUUCCCGGUUAUCGGCGAGCUUCUCCCGGGCAGAGCGGUGUGCCACAGCGGCAAACUCUGCCAGGAUGAACUCCUGCUGGAAGUCAAUGAUACCCCGGUGGCUGGACUCACCACCAGGGACGUCCAUGCUGUGGUCAAACACAGCAAAGACCCCGUCCGACUCAAGUGUGUCAAACAAGGUGAGAUGGCCGACAAAUCACUUAGGCAGGCGUCUCCAGAUUUAGAUAAACACUAG